AUGCGACGGAUGCAUGAUUUUGUGUCGACGAAUCCGGCUGUCAAAUCAUCUACAUAUCCCACCGGACUCCCCAACAAGCGAUCAAGAUCCCGCAGGACACUUCGUUCCGCUCACGGAAUCCCAACGGGACGGCUCAUAGUAGGCUGGUUUGCAACCGGGCAUGGCACUAAGCCACCAAUCCCAGUCUGCAGUGUCUCGAGGGGGGAGGGCACCUUUUGUCAACCUUGCUCAGAAGGGCCCCCACCAUCAAGGGAACCGAUGGCCAGGCAAUUGCCGCGGUUCUCUUGGCCUCGAUCCGGGGCUUAUUCAUUAUCUAUCCUAUUGUCGCCGAAGAGGGCGCUGGUGGAGUGUCUUACACAAGGCGCGGCGCUGGAGAAGAACCGAACAGUGACCGGGCUGAAUCGUGUGGGAAGAGGACGCCUUGGCCACGGGCCACGGACUAUCUCUAGGUGGAUUCAGAGCUGGACAUUGGAUCACCGUGACAGACGGGUCGAAAUGGUGCGUACUUUGGGACGCGGAGUGUGCCUGGGGAAGGGGGAUAUCAGCAUCAAGUCUGACAAGAUGUCCUCCUGA